AUGGUUGUCUUCAAGUACAUUGAGGAUAAAGAUGUGUUUCAAAAAUUCUAUGCUAAAAUGCUGGCAAAAAGACUCGUUCAUCAGAACAGUGCUAGCGACGAUGCUGAGGCCAGCAUGAUCUCUAAACUAAAACAAGCUUGUGGUUUUGAGUAUACCUCCAAGCUGCAGCGGAUGUUCCAAGACAUUGGUGUAAGCAAGGACUUGAAUGAGCAAUUUAAAAAGCACCUGACCAAUUCAGAACCAUUAGAUUUGGAUUUCAGCAUCCAGGUGCUGAGCUCUGGGUCGUGGCCGUUCCAGCAGUCCUGCACGUUCGCUCUGCCCUCUGAGUUAGAACGGAGCUAUCAGAGAUUUACUGCGUUUUAUGCCAGUCGUCAUAGUGGAAGAAAAUUAACAUGGUUGUAUCAGCUGUCCAAAGGGGAACUGGUUACCAACUGUUUCAAAAACAGAUACACGUUACAGGCAUCCACGUUCCAGAUGGCGAUUUUACUGCAGUACAACACAGAAGAUGCCUACACCGUGCAGCAGCUGACAGACAGCACCCAAAUAAAAAUGGAUAUCUUGGCACAAGUUCUACAGAUACUGUUGAAAUCAAAAUUGCUUGUUUUGGAAGAUGAAAAUGCAAAUGUUGAUGAGGUGGAGUUAAAACCAGAUACCUUAAUAAAACUGUAUCUUGGUUAUAAAAACAAAAAAUUAAGGGUAAACAUCAAUGUGCCAAUGAAGACUGAACAGAAGCAGGAACAAGAAACUACACACAAAAAUAUAGAGGAAGAUAGGAAACUACUGAUUCAGGCUGCUAUCGUGAGAAUCAUGAAAAUGAGGAAGGUUCUAAAGCACCAGCAACUGCUCGGAGAAGUGCUAACACAGCUCUCCUCAAGGUUCAAGCCCCGAGUUCCAGUAAUUAAGAAAUGCAUUGACAUUCUGAUUGAGAAGGAGUACUUGGAACGUGUAGAUGGCGAGAAGGACACCUACAGCUACUUGGCUUAGCCUUUUUAUUAGCAAUUACUUGACUGUGUGACACUCUGCAAAUAGGUAUGUGAUGGAAAGAAUGAAAGCAACGGAACUUCAUAGCAGCCACCCUGCUGCCAUUUGGACCUCCCUUUUUAAUGCCUGAGACCAGGACUCCCAUCAGCCAGUCUCAGAUUUACAUCAGAACUGCUCAGGAUUGAUACAUUUCAAGUAUGUAAAUAUGGACACCAAUGCCAUUUAACCUAAUUUAAGAACAGAAAGGAAUCAAACCCUUCUCCUGCAAGGGUUGCAUGCUACUGCAUUUAAAUCAAUACAUUGGCUAGAUGAUAACCAGCUGCCACCAGGGGCAGCACCUAUAAAUGUUGGCAGCACUUUGAGAGCGAGUCUGAAUGGACCCAUGUGUAAUCUGCUAUGAAAACCCAUUUGUAUAGUGUGUUUCAUUUUUUAAUGUGUGAUAAAUAAAAAAAAAAUUAAAAGAUUUCUGUACAAGUUGCAUUUGGUUUUAUUGUUUUAAGUUUCAUGACUUAUCUUUCUAAAUGUAAAUAAAAGGUAUAAUGGUUAUGAAA